AUGGCCUCAAACAAGCCAGUCAUCAAUGUUUAUGUUGAUGAUAUUGUGCUUACUGGAAAUGAUUCUUCUGAAAUUUCUUCUAUCACUCGCAAACUUAAUACUACUUUCAAAAUUAAGGAUUUGGGAAACUUGAAGUUUUUCCUUGGUUUUGAAGUUUCUCAUAGUUUUUCUAGCAUUAAUAUUUGCCAACGUAAAUAUGCCCUUGAAAUUCUCGUUGAUUCUAGUAUGUUGGGUUCUCAGCCCGUUAGCACCCCUAUGGACUAUAGUACUCAUCUUCACCAUGAUCCAGGCACUCGUUUGUCUAAUUCACUGGCUUCUUCUUACAAACGUCUUAUUGGUAGAUUGAUAUAUUUGACUAACACCAGACCUGAUGUUACACACACUGUGUAA